AUGAAGGAGUAUGAGGCUGUAGUUAAUGAUAAUGGAAGAAAAAGGAAGUUGAAAGACUAUGAAUCAAUCCGAACUCCAAAAAAUAAUAUAGCGGUCUUGAAUGAUAAUGAAGGCGAUGAACAAAAAGAAUUUGCACCUUCAAUUGAGAGUAAUAAGAAAAGAAAUUAUGACGGGGACAUUUUAUCAGCUGGUGGCACGAUGGUAUCUUCAGAAGAUAUCAAUAAUAUUCUAGAAAAUAUUAAGGCUAAUUAUGAAGAAAAAGAUGAGUUAACUGACAAUGAUGUUGAAAGAAUUUUAGCAGAAGCGGACAUCAUCAAUAUAAGUUCGGAUAACCCUCCAAUAAAUAGAGAACUUUUCAAUAGAUUAAAAGAAAAAGCGCAUUCCCAACCUCCACCCCGCAUCAAGAUUGAUGGACUUAAAAAGCGGAUACAAGAAAACUAUGCUCGCAAGAUAACCACCACGAUAUCAAAUAUUCGAUCAGUAACAACCAUUGAAAAUUUUGAUGCAAAACAGGUUGACUUUAUAAAACGAAUAUUAGAAAUCAAGCUUAUGCAAUUUCAAGCUGGGCAAGGCAAAAAACUCGACUUACUUAUGGAUGAGAAUACAUACACAUCAACAAUAGUAUCUCCCGAUUUUGAAAUUCUAAAAUUUUGUUUUCCGAAAUUAUUCAUCAGCAGAUGGAAUGAAAAUGAUGUUCCUUCAUCUAAAUGGCGUCGUGAAAUAGUUUACCGCGAUAGUAACGCCUCUGCACGUAAGGCAGAUGGUAUCCUUUUUAAUUAUGGAAAUAUCACUCAAGAAUUUUUACUUUUUGAGAAUAUCGGCCCACCAUUAAAGACCCAAAAUCCCAAGUAUAAUAGUGAUCUUUUAAAAUGUUUUCGAAACUCUGUAGAUUCGAUUUGCAAAACUUUCUGGAAUGGAAAUGGAGACAUAAAAUUUGCAAAGAAAUACUACGUAUUAGCAUAUGUGUUGUAUAAGGACAAAGGCGAAUUAUUUAGAUUGAACUUGGAUGCCCCUAAAACCUUUGUUGCUGAAAGGAUAUUAACAGUUAAUUACCCUUUUGAGUAUUCGACCUUUUCUUGCAUUGUCAGUAUUAUCGAUCUUCUUUUCACAGUUAAG